CGCUUCCCAGACUCCGCUCUUUCACCACACGCACCAUGUCGCCUGCAGCAAUCUACACCGCUCCUGUCGCUACCACCGAGUCACAAAAGGUGCUCGCAGCGGUACCAGUCAAAGGCCCAGCACUCUGCAUAGGGUCACCUGCCAGCGCAGCAGACGGCAGGUACCAGACGAUCAUCACCCAAUUGGAGGAGACGAGAAAUGUCGACAAGUACAUGCUGGACAGACUACUCGACGGCGCCACCACGCUCUCCAAGUCGUCCUUCGCAUCCGCACACGUCGUACUUUUACCUGCAGAGUACGAGGGCGUGUCUGGAAAGUUCUCGACCCUGCUGUCCCAGCUCCUCGCCGCGCUGGAGCCCCUCGGGACGCUGCACCUGCACACUGUCUCCGCCGCCACGCCCGCCUUCGCGUCCGAGCUGACGCUCGCCGGCUUCAGCAUCCUCACCGCCGUCCCCUCCGACGGCGACCUCAUCGCCCAGAAGCCCGCGCACGCCGUCGACGCCGUGCCGAGCGCAGUGCCGCUCCGCCGGAAGCUCGACCCUGCGCGCCAGGCGUCGAAGAAGGCGCUUUGGACGCUGAACACGGCACCCGCGACGCCGAGCAUCGACGCCGAGUCCCUGCUCACCGACGCCGACCGCGCGCGGCCCGUGCCGACGUGCGAGCCCGCGCAGAGGGACGCGCCGCGGCGGAAGAAGGCGUGCAAGGGUUGCACGUGCGGCCUUGCCGAGCUCGAGGCGGAGGAGCUCGCGCAGAGCAAGGUCGUCCUCCUUGACGGUGCCGAGGCUGGCCAGGCCCUUGAGGUCUCCCAAUCGGAGAAGGACAGGCUGAUCGCGGCCGCGGCGGCCGCACCGAAGGCGACCAGCAGCUGUGGUAAUUGCUACCUCGGCGACGCUUUCCGUUGCUCAAGUUGUCCUUACCGAGGUCUUCCUGCUUUCAAGCCUGGAGAGAAGGUGGAGCUGGACUUUGACAUGGAUGAUGACGUCUGAUUCUUCUUCGUGUGUACUUCGUCAAAAGAUCCUGGGAUACUUAGAUGACUGGCACGGUCUCGAGACUUUGGUGUGUUUAUAUAUUGCUUCCUGCGCACUUGCCUACUUCCUGUAUCCUGUACCCUAUUAGAUGUGUAUAAUAUGAUAUCUGUCCUCCACGAUAGUUGCUGAAAAGCGGUCCGUGUACGGUGAUCCCUACGCUGGAGGUCCGUACGUAUUCAUGUACGUGUAUUCUAUGUUUGGUGCACGUAAAUAUGAAGGAUGGUGUUCGAAUUCGUCCCCGCUCUCUCCGCCGAGCGCGGGGAAGCUGUCCCAGUCAAAGCCGGAGUAAUCCAUGAUGCGGUCCUCGAGGCCGUCCGACUUGUCUGGAUGUGCGUGGCGCAGCUCGUCGAUCCACCGCCGGCUGACCAUCCACCGCGCGACGCCUUCGGGCGGGAGGUGCAGGCCGUCCUUGGGCGGCCCCGCCUCGCGCCCCUUGCGCGACGGGAGCCGGCGGGGCUUGUGGACGAGCAUGCCGUCGUGCUCGAAGAGCUCGUCGGACACGUCGUCCGCGUCGAGGACGGCGUAAAAGUGGAGGAGGCGCGAGCUGCGCCAGGCGAGCCCGCGGACGCGGAGUGGGGGCGGGUCGGGGCCGCCGCCGGCGCUCUCGUCGCCUGACUCUUCGGACGACAUGCACUCGACGGUGAGUGCCGGGCUGAACGUCUCGUGGGCGAAGGAAUCGAAGUUCUUACGCCGCUCUGUGCGCCGUUUCAGCUUCUGUUUGCUUUUUUCGUUCCCGCCGCCGGGACUUCUGUGCCUUCGUUUCCUCCCUGACUCUCUGGUACAUGGCGACCGUGUUGUCAUCCUGAGCUCUCC